AUUUGCACUAAACAUCGGAUUAGAGUCUUCUUUACGAGUUUGAAAACAACUGAAACAUGAACCUAAACUCCAAGAAAAAGUCUACUCGAGUCUGUGUUGGGUUAUUUUUCUUACUUGGAGGAACCGAAUAUGGUGAGAGUUUUUCUUGAUACGUCUGCAAACAAGGAAAACCUGUACGUUUAUGCAUUCCAUCAUGACCGAAAAGCCGAAUAGUUGUAAAAAUCUUAAAAAGUUUUUCCAAUUCUUUAUUGGAAAAAUUGAUUGAAACUGAGAAAAAGUAGCAAAAUUCAGCCGAGAAAAUUAAUUUAAACCUUAACACAUGUAGCUGAGGUGUACAUUUAGCUAACACUAAGAGCUAUGAAUCAGCUAUAAACAUAGCGCUUAAUUGGACAUGAUAUGACUCACGAUGACCUCUUUUCGUAAACACACACGAAAAAAAACUUUGGAAAGCGAUGGAAGCAAAAUAACUGGUUAGAGGCUGUAGUUUAGUAAUGAGUUAAAGAGCAGAUAAAUACGAGACUAAAAAUAUCUGGGUGUUACGAAAACUAAGACCCUCGAAAACUAAGACCUAAGACCUAAGAUCCGUCUUAGUUUUCGAGAUUACGAAAACUAAGACCCCCUAAAAUCGAAUCCGUCGAAAUAUAAAGUCAAAUUGUAACCGAAAUAGGUCUGAUCUGUCAAAUUAUAUCAUGUUCGAUCCUUUCCACCGAGUUUUAGGUCAAAUUUAACGGUAAAUUUAGGGGUCUUAGUAAGACCCCUCUUAGUUUUCGUAAUAAUGAAAACUAAGACCCCCACCAAAACAAUCUCUAAAAUUUCUACAAAGUCGAAUUACGACCGUUUGAAGACAUAUUUCGAUGGAUUCGAUUUUAUGGGGUCUUGGUUUUCGUAAUCUCGAAAACUAUGACGGGUCUUAGGUCUUAGGUCUUUGGUCUUAGUUUUCGUAACACCCAAAAUAUCUAGGAAAGCUGGUCUUUGAUUGGUCAAUAGGCGAAGCGUUCGCUAAUGUUUUUAUGCAAUUUUCUUUUAUUUUUACAUGUGAUAAGUGCAUGAUCUGAUGGUGAUAUGUGUGGGGUUACCACUGUUAAAUAAAUAAUCAUUGAUUUUUUUCUUUAAAAUCUUGUCCAUAGCUGUCAUUCUCCCCACCUUAUGGCUGUAUCUGGAGCAUAAAUUUGAUGCCGAGCCAUGGUUUUUUGGAGUGGUGUUUUCAGCAUUCUGUUUCUCAAAUUUAAUAGCAAGUCCUUUGUUUGGUUUCUGGGUGGACUACACACAGAAAACCAAAACUGCCAUAUUGUUUGCAAAUCUGUUUGAAAUAGGAGGUGAGUCAACAUUGUAAGUUUUUUUUGGGAAUAAAAACUUGGCCACCUGGGAAUGGGUACUUCUCAAAUUCCAGGUAGCUCUAAUCCUGUGCGUGCUAACUGGAAACAGAGCAAAACUUUUUGGGGGUUUAAAAGUGGAGCUGCCUUCUUGACUUUUUUCUUUCACCUUUUCCCUUUCCCACCUUUUUUUUUGCUCAUUCUUUUUCUUUCCUUUUCCUUGGCAUUUGUACAUAGGGUUCAUUUUUACGGGAAAGGUUUGGGGAAAACUUUUAGGAUUUUAGAAUUAGCUGGAUUGCAGAUCUUCAAGCUCAAGAUCUUCAUUGAAACUUUUGGGUCAACUUUAUUGUCAGUUUUUCUAUGGCCUGUUUGACUGAAUCAUGCUCAUUCAGGUUGUUUCUCCCUGCACAAGUUUGAUGUCAAAGUUCUUUAUGACUGUUUAAACUGAUGGCAGUUGUUUCUUGUGUGCAAAGUCCUUAAAUAUUUGUCUAAGGUAGUUUUACAUACAUGCAGGGCUAAAAUAGUUUUUGGAUGGUGACCGGACACAAUCACCGGCAAAAGAAAUUUUUGCUCAGUCAUCUUAUUUUUUGGACUGGUCAAAAACUUUGAAAAAAGGUGAACUAAUCCUUGUGUAAUUGAAUCAGUGAACAUAAUUGUAUUUUUACAAAGAGACAAAAUCUAAGAUUUACAGGUAUGGAUUUGGAUCUUUUCUCAGGACAUGCAUGAAUGGUCAACAUGACUUGCGGCUUGAACUUUUGAGCCCUUUACAUGUGAUUAAAAAACAAUCCAGUGGCUUUGUUCAUGGAUUCCUCUAUUCUCCUCUGGACUCCCAUUUUCUCUUCUCUAGGUUCCACUCUCUCUGGGCCCAGAAUCAUUUUCUCUCAAAAUUUUAAACUUUUUUUCAGUGUUGUAACCAAAGAGUAAAAUUUUAGUUUACAACAAUUUGUUUUAUCUUUCAGGAAAUUUCUUGUAUUGUAUUGCUUGGUCCAAGUACUGGGUGCUUGGUGCACGACUUGUAGCAGGUUUGUUGUAAAAAUCUUUAAAAAAUGAGAAGGAGUGUAUUGUCAGGUUUAAAAAACUGGAGGCAAAACAGAGAGUUUUUACACCUGAUAAUUCACGACUGUGAGUUUUUUGAACAGUUUCAAAAUCUCUGGUAUAGAUCAAUUAUUCUUUCUUACACUAACAUUAAAUUUUAUAUUUGGUAAUAUUUUGGUCUAAAAAUUGGACGUAAAGUUUAGCAGUGUCUUUUUCAGAUAUAAACAACAACAAGUUUAUUUCAGAUUAAAUAUAGCUUACAAAGCUUGUGCCCAGAAUUAGCGAAGGCUAUUCGAGGCGGGUACAAGAGAAAAAGAAAAUUCUAUAGAUAUAAAUAUAUAUAUAUAUUAAACGAACAAUCCUAGAAGCAAUCUAGUUUGUCGUGCGGUUUAUAGCCAGAGUGAGACAGGAAGGCAGACUGUACUUCAUACGGAAGUACACCAUGUUAUGACUUUGAGAAUUGCCCUGUAAUAUCAGAAACUCUAAUAUAAUCGUCCUCUUUUUCCAGUAUUUCAAAGAGUUUUCUCUUUAGUUUGCUUUUGAAUUGAUUUUUUUUAAGUGUUUUGCUAGAAAGUGAAAUACAAAAGACACUCAUUAAACAUACCGUAUUUAUUCGAAUAAGCGCCCAACCUCGAAUUAGCGCCCACCUCGAAUAAGCGCCCAUCCUAAGGGCAGAAAAAGUUGAUAAGCGCCCAGCCUCGAAUAAGCGCCCACCCCCUUCUCCUCCCAAUCAAACUCAAAUAAGCGCUCACCCCCACCUCACCCACUUGAGUGAAUAAAUUCUAAUAAGAGACUUCCCGGAGGACGGAGUUUUCUUCAGAGUAUUAUGCAGAAACCUUUCUUUGUUACUUCUUCCCGUUUUGUUAUUAGCAUUUAUUGUUUUGUUGCAAAAUAAACAUACUUCACUUGCUGAAAAUAGUGAAAAUUUAAUAAGCGCCCAGCCUCGAAUAAGCGCCCACCUCGAAUAAGCGCCCACUCUCAAGGUCCAAAAAUUUAAUAAGCGCCCAGGGCGGUUAAUCGAAUAAAUACGGUAUAUAAGUUCUUUUGUUUUUUCUUUAUGAAUUAUUAAUGAGUUUUUGCAGUAAAAUGCUAUAUCAGAUUGGUUUUGUUGCUGCUGACACUAAGACUUCACUGUAAUAUUAAAGUUCACAAAUACAGUCAUGCGAAGUUUGCAGACUGAGGGGAUAUAAGUCAAGUAAUUAAAUGAUAAUACUAUAAUAAUUAUUGUAUUAUUAUUUAAUUACUUGACUUAUAAAUGACAAUACAAUUAUUGUAUAGUCAUUUAUAAUAAUUAUUAUACCUUUGUUGUAGUUUAAACUGAAAGUCAAGUUAAAGUGAUUUUAGCCUAUUCUGAUCCUUAACUUGCUUCUCCUAAAUCCAAUUUUUCAUGAUUUUGAAUAGAUAAGGUUGGGAGUCAAGAAGCUACUUUUACAACAUUUUGCAUGAAAGGUUAUACUGCAACCACAUGAACCAAGGCCACCCAGGCAAAAUUUUGAGACAGAUUUUGAAAUCAGCCAAUCACAAGUCAAGAUCUAAGCAAUGGACAUGGUGGGGGUGGCCUCGGUUUGUGUGGUCGCACUGUAAGAUUAGGAGACAAAGGAUCUAUCAGUGCAGAUAACAGAUAUGACUUUCAUUGGUGUAUAGAUUGCUGAUCACAACCUCUUUAAUAGGCAUAGGUGCUGGCAUAGGAGGGGGUAUAAUGGCUCAAAUUGCAAGGACAACAACCGAAAAGGAAAGAACUGGGAUGUACUCCAUUGCAAUGGCCUUACGACAGUUUGGUUUGUUAGUAGGUAUGUUGAUAUCUGUUAUUACCUCGGGUUAUUUUAGGCAUACUCUAUUCAUAUAUUUUCCCUCUUAGUCCCUGCAUUAUUAAUUUAUUAUUUGAGCACUCUUAAUGGUUUUUGUGCCUCAUAUAAAAUAUUUCCCACCAAUUUUCUUUGUUGUUAUGUGAUUUUUAGGGCCUGGCUUCAACCUCUUUUUAAGGGAAUUCAAUGUGAAGUUAGGUCCAUUUUUGAUUGACAAGUACACUGCACCUGGUGUAAGUUGAGAUUUGAUUGAUAAAACAUAUUAUUAUUCAUUCAAACUAUUUCCCUGAUUCUGACUGGCUAAAAGCACAUGUUUAAUUCACCAUGACCAGUCACUGAUAACCAAAUUUGGAAGAAAUUUGACUUAAACGAGGAAAUGACGUCAAAAAUGCAGUGUUUUCGUGGGUUAAGGCACUGUUAACCGAGAAGAUCUGGGGACGAGUUUGAGUUGUUUUGGUUGUGAACUUCCAAAAAUGGCGGACAUUUCACUCGUUUCAAGAGUAAGAACUAGGCGAAAAAAUAGCUUAAAAUAUGGCAAGAACAGCAAGAAGACAACUCGAAGGGCAAAAUCUGCUAUUUGGAGAAUAUUAAUUUUGCGGAGCUGGACAAACCUAAAUGUACACUAUCGAAGAUGAACUGAACAUCGAUGGAUCGAUGGAGGUAAGCACGUUUUAGUUAUGUUUUUAAACUAGGAAUUAUUUUGAAUGAAUAAUAAAACAGUUAUUGAAUUCGGCUUUCGUAUCAUAUGAAGAAUUAUGGAGAUCUCGGAGGGUGUUAUCCUCCUCAAAAUAUGGCCUCGACGGAUAACACCCUCCUCGAUCUCCAUAAUUCUUCAUAAGAUACUCAGCCUCAUUUGUUAACUGUCAUUAUUCUGAAUUAUUCUGACUGUCUUCGUAACUGUGAAUUCUGAUACACUUUGUUUAUUUCGGACAAUAUGGCCAUAAUUUUUGUUGUUGUUUUUGUUAGCCUUGCAGUUAAACUUGAUUUAUGAAUUUGGCCUUUUUGGUUAUUAGUAAUUUUUUCCCCUUAAUUUCAUACAUUGUGUGGGAAACCAGUAUGUAUUUUAUAACGGGUAUAUCAAACACGGUCUCUUAUAACAGUUUUUGCAAAUAGUUUGAGCUGGCCAAGGAUCAGGUCAAUACUCGUAGGCAGGCUUUAUGCUACAGAAACUGGUAUAGGCUCCGGCUGUUUGGGCCUUUGGCUCAUCUGCGCCUUUUCCUUUACCUUACAAACAUACACGGCUAUACCAACGAAUUUAUUUCUCAUUUUUUGUUUGGCAGAUCUUUAUGGCUGUUGUAUGGCUGAUCGUAGAGCUUAUAAUGGUGUUCUUUUACUUUGAUUUGCCAAACGUGAUGAGUAAAAAUGAUGAUGAGUUAUGUGUGUCAACUGAUAGCAGUGUUAACAACAUCAAUGGAAGUUAUCGCAAACGUUGGAGGACAAAUUCUGUAAUGGAUGAUUGGCACUUGGCCCAAAGGUUGGUUUACUCUAUGUCAGUGGCAGGCAUUCGGUUGAUAUAUAUAUAUGGCGAAUGGUGAAAUCUAUUGGUAAGAGAUUCCUAGAUACUCUUGCUUGAAAAUCUGAGACCUUGUAGAAACAAGCUGCAUACUCUACAUUAAACUUCAUAUAAUCAUAAUUAUAGUACCUGCAUAUUUUUUUGUUUAACAAAAAAAAUCAGAUGAUUAAUACAUUAUUGCCCAACUCGCUUGCAUGGCAUCAUUGUCAUUCUUGAAAUUCAGCAUGGAAUUUUUUUGUGAAGUUAAAUUUGGUUCAGGUAUUUAAUUUUGCUUUUGCUUCAAGUCGAAGGGCUUUUUUUUGGUUUUAUCGUAUGACCCCAUUUGCAACUCCCUGUCACAAUCAGGGGUCUUGAAAACAAUUAUUAUUUAUCCACAAACAUUUUGUCAUAUUAGCUCCUGGUUAGUUUGCAGGCAGCAUCAUAUACUUUAACCCCAAUUCAUUUAUCACUGUAACAUUUGCAUUGCUAGAUCUCGUCAAAGAGGAAGUCAUUGUCAUUUUAGCUUCUCAGUUCAUGAUCUUUUUCAAUGAAACGGCUUUGGAGGUUUGUACUUAAAAAAUAACAGUUGAAAUUGUUUACUAAUCAAGGGCUGACUCUCACUAUGAAAAUCCAGAGAUUUCUCAGAUUUUUUGCCAAAACUGAUGUAGACUGGAAUAAGAACAAAAAUAUAUAGUUCUGGAUAAGUUCUUUUUUGGAGUAGAAAAUUAAAUUAAUUGAAACAGUAAUCCCCUUAGCUUUUCUGCUGGCCUGCAGCUGUUGCUUACAAGUGUUAUUGGCAAAUCUACUAGAGUUCCACUCACCCUUUUUUCAGUCCAAAUUGAGAAGAAAAAACUAUCUUUUAGAGCAGCCACUAGUUAUCUCUGCCCUUUGUCUGGAUCUGCCACUGUGCUUAUAUUUUUACUAAAGAAUUUCAUUUUGUUUCUUUUUUGUUGCAGUCUAUUUUCACUCCUUUGUCAGAGUAUCUUUUAGGUUGGAAAGAAAUUGAAAAUAGCAUUGCCUUUUGUUUAAUAGCUUUUGAGGUGAGAAUGUAUUUUUGCCAAUUUUUAGAAACCUAGUUUUGUUGGGAUUAGAUAAAAAAAGUUCUUUUUGUAGACUAUUAAUUCUUUUGUCUAAGCUUAAGAAAUUUGGCAUUUAAGAACCUUCAGGCUGCAGUUUGGCCACAUUCCCCCUAUAGAUGCAAGAACCAACCAUCUAUUAAUUUUUGAAAAAUGUUUUUGAACAGUGGUCGUGUUUGCAUUCAGCUAGAAUGCAGCAUGGGUGGUGACAUGACAACCUUGUAUGUACUCUGGUUGUCACGCAGUGUGACCCCUUCCCCCUUGUUGGAGAAUCUAUGCUCCUGUGUGAUAAAGCAAUUGCCCAUUUCCAAGUUGCCCUUGGCUUCUUUACUAAGGUAUGACCUGUGCACAGCUUUUCAUUUGGAAAUGAGUUUCAUUUGCUUGUGAAUGAGAACUGUUAUUCAGAUGAAAGGACGAGCACCAGGACUCACUUUGGGAAAGGGGCUAAAGGUAACACAGAAAUACCAGAAAGGAUCUGUGAAUCAGAAGUGAAUCUGCUCACAGGGUACUCAGAGAUGGCCUGUGUGGUCUUCUCAAAUUGCAAGAUUUGGAGUUGGGUAUCGGGUGUCAUGGCAUAGAAAAAAUUCAACCUCGUUUUAUAAUUUGAUAGCCAAGCCACUUAUACAAGAACUGUCUGAAAAUAUGCGAGUUAACUUUUUGAUUACCCAUUUGUUGUUUCCUUGUAGGCUAUUUCAGUAUUUAUUCUUGUGAGGAAGAUAAGUCUCAAGUUAGCUGACAGGUAAACAACCCGGGGGGGAGGGGAGAAGGGACUCCCAUGUGAAAGGGUUGGGGAUGCUCAUCGUGUCACUUAGGGGUGCAGUAAAUUUCAGAUUUUGGUCUCGCUUAGUGUGUUCUGGGCAAAACGCCAUUAUAUUUAGCCGUAAAGGUCUCUUUUAGGGUUGCUCUUGAAGAAAUGUUAAAAAAUGAUAUCUUUUCCAUUCGUUUUAUUUACUCGAUUCAUGCAAUCAAAGUUUAAAAUGAUCGCUUGUAGGGGUCAAAAAAAGGUUGGGCCAUGCCCAGAUUGGUCUCCUUUAGGGGUUUAUUUCAAAAUUUCUGACAAGCAUCCUCACCCCUUUCAUAUGGGAUCCCCCUUGGGGUAAACAAUGGUCAACAACCUUCAGGGUUAUCAUUAAGUGCCAGUAACCAGCCAAAAAAAAGUGAGGGACUGAAAGCUCCAAAUUGCCUACAGCACUGGAUUGCCAAGCCGACUACUAACACAUCCUACCUGUCUACUUAAAUACUUAAUGAGAAGCCUCAAACAGUCGUUGCCUUUGACUGGUGUCUACUACCCUAGCGCUGUGAGCUAAUACGUCCCUUCAAUUCCUCACUCACUCCUAAGGCUGUAACAAUACAUCAAACUAUCGAUUAAUCAUGAUAUUGAUGUUGCGAUAGCGAUGGAUCGAUAUUCAAAAUGAAACAUCAAUAACAAUCACUAUAGUUAGUAUGUUGAGUAUAAUGAUCGUCCGGGGUGAACGUAGUAGGACAGUUGUUGUUGACAGUGACAAAAAAGGAGAUGAUGAAAACUAUUGCAUUACUAUUGCAGUAGUACCUCCACUAUCACAAUACAAUCACAAUAAUGCAUGUGACCUAUUGCAAUACAAUAUGUAAAAGUCAAAAUUUCCUCAACAGUCACCCCUACUCAGUCCCCAGCUAUUAUAUUAUUAUUAUGAGUGGUGUGUUAUGAGAGUAUGAGGUGGGUAUUUAGCAGGGGUAGAUGGAGAGGACAAAUCAGGAUUAGAAGAUUCUUCUUUUUCCCCUCUUACUGUUUUGUUUUCUCUGUCUUUUGUAGGUGGUUAAUAGUUAUUGGAAUUGCUUUUGAGGGUUUUGCGCUAGUUUGGUAUCUUGCUCUUUUAGCCAAUGCAAAGCCAUGUAAGUUACUGUCCACAGUACGAAAAAAUGACAAGUAAAUAUAUGGCAAACAUGGUAAAUGCCACAUUUGCCUAGUUAUCUACACCCCCCUGGUAUUUACUAUGUUUGCCAUAUAUUUACUCCUCAGUAUUUACUCAUUUGUGACAUAUAAGUUUACAGAGAGCAAAUUUGUGCAAAUCCAUUUUUUCAUCCAGUGUGAAGUAAUAAUGAAAUUGUCUUCAUAUGAUCAGAAGCUAUAUCUAUGCUUUCAGUUAGGAAAGGAGACUAUCCAGAAAAACAUUGUAGUGAAUAUAAAAAUGUUUGUUUGUAGGUAAAAUCUAUUCUCAGCUUAAUCCAGUAAUUAACCUAGCCAGAUUCACAUGUUUUUCCAAACCCUAAUUAUUUGUAGGAGACAAAAGUAUGUCUGGUUUACCCGAGAAUGUCUCCUUUAGUUCUAAUCCUCACCUAAACACAAGCAAUUCUGUCAAACAUUAAUUUUAGUCAUGUGAAAAUGGAAAAUAAUUUUUUGUAAUAUGAGGUACCCAAUGCCUGAGUUAAGUUAAGUUGUUGAUAUAAAGAGUUAUUAUUUUCGAAAGGAAUUUAAUUGAAAAUGCUACAUUCCAUGAGCUGGAAACACCUAUUAGAAUUUCUUGGUGGUUUCACCUUGCUAAUUAAGUAGUUUUUUUCUCUCCUUGAACUUCAAAUUUAACAAUGAGUAAAUGUCAGCUUUUUACCUGCAGGUUAGGUUACGAGUGCAGUGGCCUUUUUUAGUUUCUUUUUAAAUAAUCAGUCAAGAAAAAAAAACAUGUCAUAUUUCAAGAAAGGACACCACUUUUGCAGGUUAGUAUAGGUAAUAGCAUGAUUUGUAGUGAUAUUUGGCAUAAAUACCACGAGUGAUAUUUCAAAAUUGUUAUACAUAAUUUCACAAGUUGUUAGGCGAGUGAAAUUUGAGACAAUUUUGAAAUAUCGCUAGUGGUAUUUAUGCCAAAUAUCACAUAGCCUGCGUAGCAGGCGCUUGCAAGUAGUGGGCACAAGAAAAAACGGGCGCGCGAGAAGGAGACACCCCUUGCGUGUCUCCCUCGCGCAUGCCCGUUCUCUCUUUUGCCCGCUACUUCCAAGCGCCUGCUACGCAGGCUAAAUAUCACGUACAAGGCAUGCUAUUAUUUGUUUAUACUACUACCCGCAAAAGGUGUGUAAUUUUCACAUGUAAUAAGGUGAAAUACCACUGCUCUAAGCCUAUCAAAUUCCAGAAAUUUCUCAUGUAGUAGUAUAAAUAAAGAAAUAACAACUGUAUUUUUCUCUCUUUUUUUUCAGAUGAGUCAAUUGUCUUGCCUACCCUUAUAGUUGGAACCUUAGUAAUUGUGUUUGGUUUGCCGUUUUUCGCUGUGGCAAAUGUUUCCCUUUACUCUAAAAUUACUGAUGAGAAAACACAAGGUAAAUCAAGCAACACAGAACAGCCAACUGACUGCAGGUUGCUGGUUAUAAAAUUAUUACUAGUUUAAAAAGAAGUUGCUUCCCCUCAAUUUUUAACUGUGAUGGCAUUAAAAAAUGCCCUAGGAACAUCCACCCUAAAUUUAUGAUGGUUUGGUUCGUUAAGUGAAUACAUGGUCAUGCAUGCUACAGUGGAACCUCGAUUUAAUGAAGUGCCAAGGGACUGGCAAAAUGUGUUCACUAUAACGAGGUUUAGUUAUAUCAAGGUUCUUUUUCAUAUAUUUUACCAUUACUGGGGUAAAGAAAAUCGUUCGUUUUUUCGAGGACUUCGUUACAUAGAGGUUUGUUAUAUCGAGGUUCCACUACAAAAGUCCUUAAUGACCUUAAUCUUCAGUGGAUUAGAAAUUGUAGUGAAUAAAGUAGGAAAAUUUUGUCUUGUGGUUUUGUGUAGAUUUCUUUCUAGGUUUUUUUUGUUGUUGUUGUUUUCGUUGCCAAUUUUUGGUUUGAAUUAUGCAAAAUAAUUUGUAAGGUUAAAUUUGUAUUUUCUUUGUCCAACUGAAAUUAUUGAAAUUGAAUUUCUAUUGUGAAAAGAUUUUUUUUCUUGCUAGUUACCUAAACUUUCAGGAAAUUUUUUAAGAAGGCAGAUAUUCACACUGUCCGGAGUCCACAGUCGAGAUCUGUUACAGAGACGGGGGAGGGGGCCCUACAGAACCGGUCUGUGUUUUUCUAUGAGGCUGCUAUAAUAUGCCAUUCUUAUUUGGUUAUUCUGUGCUCUAUGUUGAUUCUGUGGUGGUCUUCCAGGCAUUGCUCAAGGUAUUCAGAGAUCGGUCACAGGCGUGGCAAUGAUCCUGGGUCCCUUGUGGGGAGGCGCACUCACCAAAAGGCUUUACCUGAUGUUGGGAGUCAUGGCUGGUCUCGAAGUCAUCUUAGCCGUAAGUUGAACAAGAGACGUGGUUUCGUUUGCCUCGUUCAUGUUUAUAGUUUUUGUAGAGCAAGAGGUUUCUGGGUAACUGACCAGCUACCCCUCCCCACUUUUGUCACAAUUUUGCUCUAAGUGAGAAGUUGACGUAGGGGAGGGGUGGGUGGUCACUUGUAACUCAGAAACCUCAAUCACCCAAAUCGGUACAAACUGUUAUACAUUAAGCCAAUUUUCACUUGCUUAUUUCAUCCUUUCUUGUUUAGAUUUUAAUGUUCUUGUCCUUUCACCGUCUUAAAGUGCCAGAGAAACAAACACCUCCUCCUCAGUAUGGUGAAAUAAACGCGGACAAUGAGCGACAACCGUUGCUGGCGUGAUUGGAGGGAAGGUCUUGGACAGAAGAGUUCUCUUGAAAUGAACUUCUAAGGAAGCGGUUGUCCGCUGGUUGCAGAGAUUCAAGACCAGCUCAUACCUAACGUUAAAUGGACGAUCUCUCGUAUAACACCUAAGGAGAAACCACCUUUAGGCCCGGUUCAGGUGCCGGACUUUUCAUGAGCCGAACCUAAUUCGAAUUAAGGCCGACCCAAAUUAUUUAGACCGGCUGAACUGAUUAAGACGCCGAUCUUAAUUCCAGCCGGACUUGAUUCAAAAGGUGAAAAAUAUUCAUUUCGGUAAAGUUGCUCAGAAACUACGUGACAUAAUAAUUAAUGCAUUUGGUUCGGCACAUGAAAAGUUCGGCUUCUGAAUCAAAGCCGAUCCAAAGUCGAGGCGAGAUGGGCGGGAAGAACGGCUAAGCCGUUCCAAAUUGAAACAGGCAUUCCUAAUUGACGCCGAACUUUUCGUGUACUUAAUUCAGUGAAGAGUUCGACGUCUGAACCGGGCUUUACUCACUGAAUAGAAAAUGAUAAAUUUUUCAGAAAACGAAACAAAGAAAUGUUACUGUAAAGUAAGAAAGAAUUUCGACAACAACGGCCCUAAGCUAACUGUCUUGAAUUAACAAAUUUCAAAUGACCACAUAGUGCACUGUAAAAAAUGGGAAAAUAUUAAUCUAAUAUUUAAUUGCACCAGGAAUCUAUCUGCACGAAAAGAAAUCAAAGAAAGUUCUUCGGAAAGAAACUAUUUCGACUGAAAAAAACUGCUCAGCGCGUGAAAACAGUAGGUUGAAGAUAUAUAUUUUAUCGGCUGUUUCUAUUCUUCACCUAAACUUUCAUUAGCGCAUUUUAAAAUAUUUACUAUAUGGAAGAAUAAAUAUAAGUUUUGUUUUGUAUUUAUAGAAAUAUCUCUUAAAAUAGAGAGAAGUGACAGAGAAGUGUGAAGUCAAGUUACCAUUGUAGCAAAUUUUCUGGAUCACAACAACGACAAAAAGCAAUACGUUUAUAUCAGCUAAACAACAACCUGCACGUACAUCACGGAUUUUUGUGCAUUUAUUUCCUAAUUUCUCGCGCUCGCUUUAUUCUCGGUAGGUGAGCACAACACAAUUUUUUUUCUUUUCUAUAAAACUUAGAUACGGCCCUUUCGGAUUCAACCCCAGAAAAUUUCGCCAAUAUUUGGCACAUUAUAUGAAAUUGAAUAAGAUAGAUGAAGUUUGAAACAGUGCGAACUCGCUUUUUGAGUGACGUUUUCGGUUUGUUGUCAUCCAGAAAUUUAUACUACCAUGGCAACGUGACGUAACGACUUCUCCUCUCUAUAUAUCCUGUUUCUUAUAAUUUUGAAUAACACACAUCAUGUAUACCCUAUGUUUGUAAUACUUGUCUUGUUUUAAGACUUCACUCCGACCCGUCAAGUUGCAUCCCUUGUUUCGUGUUGCUGAGUGUUUUGCCUCCAAGAAGGCACGGUCUUUUAUCUAAAACACUUAAUGAGGGCUUUUCUCAUCUAUCUUUGCUAUUAAUCCAGGUACUCGUAAGGAACUGCUCAACCCGUUAUGAGUUCCUGAAGAAAGGCAGUAGGUGAGAGUCACGGACGGCAGUGCCGGGAAUCUUUGCCGCCCAGUGUCCAUCCCUUGUGCAUGCAUGCAUGCAUUUUGUGCGGGUGCAUUAUGAUUCUCCUAUAAGUGCCCUUCUCAAAAGAAGAUCCCAACCCCUCGGUCGAACUACCGGUUUAACAGGCUUCCCACUCUUCUCUCUCCUCCAACGCACUUUAUGAACUAGUGACGAUAUCCAAAGUAGGUUGAGUUUGAUAUGUUAAGGAUAGCCAGGAACCUGUUACUCCCGGGAAUAAAGCCAGUUUUUCUUACCUUGAACUUCACUGAUUCAAUUUUGAAUUUCAGUUUCAAUAGCAUCACUUUCUUUUCCAUUAAGUCAGUUCAAGUUAGUUUUAGCCAGUUCAGAGAAAGAAGGUCUAAAUAAGUACCCUUAUCGCCCGGUGUUUGUUUCGGAGAAGACGCACAUUUCAGUUUUCCCGCGACACUGGUGAGACUUAGAACUGAGGAGUCACAGAGACUUGACAGACAAAUACGUGAAAGUCCUCUCCUCACAUUCGUUUUCAAAAGCCUAAAAUUUUGUCCACUCAGCGGAUAUCCAUCGGCACGGCUGGAAAGAGCGUCUUUCAAUCAGUAAAGUGGUCCAUUUAGGGAAUUCACUUAAGUGGCUGCACUUGCGAUUUUCGUAAGUGUUCACUUAAGUGUCGUUUAUGCAACAGAAUUUGCGGGUGUUGCAUAAAACUUUUUUUACAGGAAAAAUAACACGUAAAUUUACGGGACCUAUGUAGGUCCCGUAUCGUUACUGUUUUUACUAAAGUUAACGAGAUCUUUUACUGAGAAGUGAAAAAAAAGUAUUCUAAUGCGCUUUGUUAACCUCUCAUGGACACUUAAAGGCCGACUUUGUGAACAAAGAAGAAGAACUAUCAUUUUCAGUAGAUACUGAAGAAAAAUAACGUUUGCAUGCAAAUUUCAUUUUUUGAGAGGCUUAAAAGUGUUCGAAACGACUUUUAACUUUCUUUACACUCAGGUAGCUUAAAAAAAAAUGAGUGAAUCAUUAAGUGAAUCAUAAAGUACUAUAUCAAGGUUACGGUGCCCUUAAGUGAGCCCGUAAGUUACCACGUAAAACAGAAACUUACGACAGUGCUAAGUGCGUUCCAUGCAACACUCGUAAGUGUAUCCAUAACGGAUUCGUAAGUGACCUACUUAAGUGAGCAGUUAAGUGCAGAUUUUAUGCAACCGGGCCCAGAUUCGCGAAAUUUAACACACGUCUGUAUGGGGGGAGAGACGGGCAAGUUGUGCCCCAGCCACUUUGUGGACCCUAAAACUUGGCAACGUUACUGAUUUUUAGGUGUUCUUUCCAGCCGUGUUGACAGAUUUGGGGUCGAUUUUCGCUGACUGGUUCCAGUCAAAAGAAAGGGUCUAUUUCUUCAAUAAUACCUAGGAACGUAUUGUAAAUCUAAAGAUUCAAAAACAGCUUUGCCGUUUUCCUUUUAUUAUACCUGACAGUUCUAGAAAAUUAAAAUUCUUGCUUCAAUCUUGUUUAAUAGCAAGGAGAUUUUGACCCCAGUAGUCUAGAACCAAAUUACGUGCAAUUUAUAGAAUUAUAAAGUCAGUUUAAUGUAGUUAAGCUUGUCGUUGUGGUCAAUAACUUUCUUUUCAUCUUCUUUUUUUGUUUGCUGUUCAGGCAUAAUUGUUAUAAAUAAAUAAGGCUAACCCUUUUUUUUUUUUUUUUUUUUUUUUUGGCUACUGGGUACUUACAGUUUCUCCAGACUGUAAUAUUAAUCCCUGGGAUAUUUGAAUACCCCCGUUGCUAAUUAACAACGGCGGCAGGCACUACACUUUUGAUGUAUGGAAUGCAACAGAGCUUGUAAAGCUGCAUUCAUUCACGCGUGGUAAACAGAUCCGAGGAAACUACUCGAAUGAUAUUGCACGAUAAUUUACACCGGCUAGGAUAAACACAGUUCUUGAAGAAGGUUUAUUACACCAACAAACACUGCUCUAUCUAUACUACAUUUAUUUGGCGUCGGUCGGCUUUCAGCGAAGGUAAGCUUUAGUUGCCUUUACGUUCGAUCGAUGUGUGUAAAACCGAGAUUACAGCAUAUUGUUCUAUCUACACAUCAAAAAGUAGUUUUAUCACUAACUCAACCGAAUGUUUGAGGUGAGGAACGGGUGUCUGUUUGUUUCAAAUGUUCAGAACGCGGUUAAAUUUAAAUCGGUUAGGAGAAUCGGCUCUUAAUUUUUUUGCGGGUUGUUUAACCGCAGUGUUAGAGUGUUUAUGACAGCUUCUUGGUUUUAGCUCGACCUCUGUCUUCGAACUUGACAUUGGAAAAUGUUUACCAAUGGCGAGAUAUGUAACUCACAUGCUCUAAUGUGCUUUUUAUCACUGCUUGAGAACAUUUUCUCGCGUAAGUAUUUUAUGAGGAAAUCUUUUGUGAUCAUAACAUCCGUUUUUCACAAUAUUCUUAUUUCUCUGCUAACUCAAAUUCGGCUGUAUUUUGACGUCAAAAUUGCCACUGCCACAUUUUGUUGCAUUUUAAUAUUUCAAAAUCAAUGUUUGUUCAGACAACUGGAUGUUUUAAUUUCAUUUUAGAGUUUUAUUUUUAUACUUUGAGUACGAAAACAUUAUUUUAAAGACCGCUUAUUUUGUGCAACGACCUGAAAACAGCUGAAGUUAAAACGAUAAUUUGCCAAUCAUGAAACCCAUCUCUUUGGGUAUUUCACCAGAAAAAGAUAAUUCGAUCACCACAACUGCCACCAAGUAUUGCAAACGGCCUGGAAAAUGGCAAUUUUUGGUGAGAAAACAUUGGGGAAUGAAAUUUGUCUCAUGAGAUUGUGCUUUGUUUACAUUUCAAUCUUGUUACUACUACAUCAUCGGAUAUUCUGGUCGUUUAGCCGUAUGUUGCAGGGUAAUAUAAUCGUAUAAAGUGAAUGUCUAUGUUCUUGAUUUUGAUGAUCGAUAUUUAGAGCGUAUAUAUAUUGGCUUGAUUCCCUGGGAAUUCGCGCGCGAAGAAUAAAAUGAUGAUCGAAGGUCGGCUUUUUGCUGUGCGCAGUAGUAUUAUUGGAUACGCUGCAAACAAAAUGGCGGCCUGCAUGAGCUUUUACGUUGUGUUCAAUUCUGCUCUACAUGCCUCCGAUCUUGUACUUUGAUACCAUAUUUCAGUACUUGCAUUGUUGCUGAUUGAAAAUGAGCUUCGAGGUUUACAUAAGUUGUAAAUCUGCCUUGAAAACAACAACAAUUUCAUCAGCUUUGAAAGCUACUAGCUUUAAAAUCUAUUCAAUGCGUUUAAGUUGAUCUCAUGUAUGAGCUAGGUCCUGUUUUGCUUUCAUUCCCAGAUUUUAAUUUUCUCUCAAACUGGCACAUUUCAUGUCUGCUCCUUUUACGUUAAUUUUUUGUGUAAUAUUGUUCAUUAAUGUUUGCAUCCCCCUGUGAAUUAUUAAUUAUAGAUAAGAUUGUACAAGGCGAUUUUUUGAUAAUUGCACCUACCCAUAAGAAAUUUUGUGUGAAGAUCAACAGCAUUUUGGUAUAUAACAUUAUAAAUUUUUCUCCUGUAGUAGGUUCUACAUUUCUUAGAUUAUUUUAAAUUUGUAAAAAUUAUUACUGUAACUAUAUUAUCAAAUCAGGGAAAAUCCAAUGUAUCGUAGUCUUAGCCAGUAAGAAAAGGUAAUGAUUUUUGCAUUCCUGGCUAAGCAAUUAUGCUGUGACUACAGCAAAAGUUAAAAUUAAAGUUUCCACUUCCAGUUUAGCUCUUCCCAUCACCACAUCACUUGUCAACUCAAUUGCAAUUAGACAAGUUGAGUAUUGAUGUUGUUGUCAAUUUUUUUCAUUCAAGAAUGUGAUGUAGAAGACUAGAAGGACAUGGAAGGCCUGUCACUGGUGACAAGGGACAGCAUAUCACCAAGGUACUGUUUGUACCCUGAGCGAUAAAGAUAAUCUUUUUUUUAGAUUAAUUUCUAUGUGGCAGCGACAUGCCCACAAUGUUAUUGUCAGAGUUGGUAGUUUAAAUACUGCCGUUGAAGAUCCACUGAUCGACAUAACUAGCACUGUAGCCAAGUCAUUAUCAUUGGUUUCUAGAAGUCUACAAAAUACUGUAUUUUUUCAAGCAAAGCUGUAGCCAUUAUAAUGAAUGAAGGGUUUAGGUUAGACCAGCUUUUUCACAGCAGGCCUAAAGGUGUUUUCUUUUUGAUACUGCUCAGCUGGUGGCAAACCAUUUAUUUUGUCUUAAAAACUUCAGUCUUUUAUAGGGGAAAUUUUCACUGCCACAUGCAGUUUUAUUGUUUAAGUCUUGUAACCACGAAACAAUGUGGCACUAACUACUGCACUACUGCACCUUUCAAUAACAAAUGAACUCUGAAAUUUAAAGAAGCUAUAGUUUGUCGAGCACUGUGAAUGGCAAGGAUGGACAUUGUUUGAAACUUGAAAAAAAAUGGGCCUACUUUUUCAAGUUUUGAUACUUAAUGCCUUCAAAAAUCACCAGCCACACUGGAUUGAAAUCUACCAAUCACAAACCAUGACCUUUACCCUUCUUUUUUCUGAGAGGUCUGCUAAGAUGACUGACAGUAGCCUGCGAGCAAGCUAUCCGGGGCACUCUGGGGGCUGGGCGGGAAAAGGAAGGAGAGCUUGCAACUGCGUCUCAUCUGCCAAUUUCCCUGUGGCUCCCACUCACUUUCCGCCAAUCACCGUGAAGUGGAAACAAGUACAAAUGUAAACAAACAUUGAAAAACAAGCGCCUUGGGCAAUGACAUCAUUACUAAUGUCAUCUCCGCCAAUCAGCAUUUCACAUAGACUUUUUUGAUGCAGAUAUUCAAAUUCCAGAGACGUAGUUGCAAGCUCUCUUUCCUUUUCCCACCCUGCCACCAGAGCCCCCGGAGAGCUUGCUCGCAGGCUAGACUGACAGCAGCAAAGAUUGCAAACGUUAGUUGGCUUUUGAGCUUAAGAGUUUGCAUGUUAUGGAAAUCUACAGUAAGAGACACUUCAGUUCUACAGUUUCAGUGUGUUUUAAUGAAUAGAGGCAGGGAAUCAACUUCCACCUUGACAUUUAACACUAUUUUCUAAUAUUUUAAUAUUGUUGUUUUUAGAUUGCAGGUGGAUAUCAGAGACAGGCAUGAAACAGAAGUGAUAAAUAUCAAGAACUGUCACAGUGGAUUGGGUGAGUUUGUCUGGCCUUUAAUGUAUUAUAAGUUCGUUGAAUAUACAUGCAUUGCAUACAACAAUAAAAUUAAGUAAUAAAAUUAAUAUUGUAUUUAUAUUUUCCUUUGUUGUUGAUAUCUUUGUUAUGCAUUGGGUUAAUAUCAAUAUUAUCACUUUGCAACCAGGAAUCAAGAUCGCUGGUGGAAAAUCAGCUCUAGGAGCAGAUUUUGGGGUAUUUGUGAAGAAAGUUCUUAGCGGAGGUGUUGCUGAUCUAGAUGGUAAGAAUAAACACACAUCAUGAUUACAGAGUUGCCAGGAAGUUAUACUAUAUUACAUGGCAGAUUGGCUUGUAUAAUGAUAAUGAUGAUGAAUAAUAAUGGUUAUCUCAUAUUAGAUAAGCCAAUCUGGUAUGCAAUAACUUGUAUUAUCAUAUUAACACCAGUGAAAUACCAGGUGAGCUUUUGCACAAAAACAUAUACCGGUAACAUGUUAUUUUCACCUGUGAAAAGAUCACUGUUGCUAUGGCUACAUAAUGAAUCGCACCUUUUGCAGCAAAAAAGUAUUUAAGUGAAAUGGCUUGGAAUUACAUUGGUGUUUGUGUAAUACAACAACAAUCGAAUAGAAAUUUCGUAUCUCCGCACAGCCAUGUAAUAUCCUCUAUUAAUUUCCUUGUAAAACAUAAAACAUAUCCAAUGUAACAUUAAGAAAAUACAUUAUAAGGACACAGACUGGCUCUCCAAGUUAUCUUGCUUGGUAUUCGUAAUUUGCUGGUUUAGCAAUGCAAGUUGUACGUUUGUCAGUGAAUAUUAUCUAUGAUGGCUCUUUUUAUCAGGGAAGCUUAGAGAAGGUGACCAGUUGUUGGAGGUGAAUGGAUGCAGCCUACAUGGCGUGUCCAAUGAUAAGUAAGUUUAGCUUGAAGAAAGCUCCAUUGUAAAUUCCAAAUUAGAAAAUGGCGAACACCGGAAAUGUUUCAAGAACGUUUAUUGUGUUAUGACCAAUCACAGAGCUCCAAAUAAGGACAUGUGAGCUUGUCAUAAUACCAUAAACUUAUUUACCCAUGUAUUUGGGGUUUAAUUUUUUUGCCAUCUCAUAAGCUUUUCUUCCAACAAAAAUAUAACAUUCCAGAAAUGUUUCUGUUAUUAUUCACAGUUUUCUAAGUUUCACACUGAGUAAUAUUAUUGAUAAUAACCUUUUCAUUUUCUUACCUUUUUUUCACCAUCUUGAUUUCAUCUCCCUCUAUCUUGUCUUAUUCACCAUUUGCACAUCCCCCAUAAUACAUCAUGUUUGCUCCCCACAAAGUUUUGCAUAACCUUUGUUUUUCAUUUCUCCUGCGGGGCUCUCAUAGUACUGUGGGCAAUUUCGGGCUAUCACUCUCUCGCUUUACCCUUCCCCCCCCCCCAAAAAAAAAAAACUCCAAGCAGCCAGUUUUUUUAGCCGGCUGCCAGCACUUAAUUAUUAGAACCCUACUUCUUGUUAUUGAAGUUUUCCGAGGAGAAAUUAAAGGCAAUGCUCAUGCGAAAGUUUUUGGAGAGCAAACAAGGUGUGCAAAUGGUGAAUAGUGUUGGCAUUCCAAACUCUGACUGCAUCUUUUAGUUUUUCCUUUUCUUCUCUUUUUCAGAGCAAUGUCUUUACUGCGAAAUGCUGCUCAAUCAAAUCAGGCAAAACUUGUGGUUUGUAGGGAUGUUCAUGCUAGGUAAGCAAAUUAUUGGCAAAGGAAUAGCACCCGGUCGCUAAACCCCCAGACAUUAAUUUUAACCAUGGAACUUUUAACAUGGGCAACUUUCCAUUCAGCCAAAAAUUCUGGAAAUUUUGGUUAAAAAUCAAGUGGAACAGGCCAUUUUGGUUUGGUCUGACUGGAAUAUCAAGGACCACCGUUGAAAGUGAUCCACUUUGACCGGUCCAGUUAUUUUGGUCGGUUAGACCGAAAUGUCCCUUUCCAUUUGACAAAAUUGUUGUUUCCAGUACCACUCUCCUGUAUCCUGCUUACAAGGAGAAUAACCAAAUGCGCAGUGGCUUGGGUUGGGUCUGUCUAAUUGGAAUGUACCAUUCGAUAAAGAGGAAUCUCUUAAACUCCCAACCAGAAUUUCCAUGAAAUGGAAAGCACCGCUGGAUAAAAAUCUCCUCUUACCUUGUUCUUCUUUAGGCAAGAAUUUACUGCAUUAAUGGAGGCUUUGAAUGGAGGGCUAUCAUCUGCUGGUAUAACCAAUGGCACUGCUGUAAAUGGCUUCAUAAGAAGUAGUAGUUUUGGCAGUUCACGAGCAUCAACUCCUUCACCUACUAUGGGUAAGUGAACCUGGUUAUAUAACCUUAUAUCUCUUAUGGCAAUCUUGACCUCAUCAUAGGUGAGUUUGUGAACUUGUUCCUUGAACAUUGGUAGGAAGCAUAAGAAUAACCAACUAAGGUACAAUGACAAUGUAAACUACCCACAGCAACUCAGAAAGGAAUUUUGGAACUGAGCCACUUUUAUGACCCCAAAUAAAUUAUUCUUAUUGUCUUACAGGAAAACGCUCCUGGGUGAUGACAGCUGGUCAGAUGUCUCCCCUUGCAGGAGGUCGACAUGGUAGUCCUGUGCUUUCUCCCACAGGAUCACUUGACAGACCCUCAGCAAGUUUGCAGAGAAUGUACUCUAUGGAUCUACCAACUCUUCCUGUUGGUCCAACUGUAGUGCAACAUCCUCCUGGUAUGCCUAUGGUUUUAAUUCAUUUGUUUUUUCUGUGCACCAAAACAAAAUUCAAGCCACUGUAGAGCACACAAUUAAAUUCUACCUCAAGUGCCUCACUUACUUUAUGUGCUCUAGAAUUAUGGUAAAAUGUAUGGAAGCAUUUUUCUUCCAGUUCUUUGGCCUGAACACUGUCUGAUUGGUUGAAGCAAAUUUUCCUCGUGGCACAAUUAAUCACAAGUCCUACUGGCCAGAUCUGGGUAGUGAUAUUUUAUCAGUAUGGAAUUUCUGCACUCAUUCCUCAAUGAUCAUUUUGCUGGGAAACCAGUUGUGGUGUUGCAAAAUGUUGGCUCUUUUCUCAGGCUUCUAGCCAAAUAUAACCUUCAGUCACUUUGAUUAUUGCUUACAGGGGCAUAUGAACCUCCCUCUUACAACUCCAGUCUUCAAAAGCUGUCAGCAACAGCAAACAGAACACAGCAGUAUGCACGCCACUUCAAUGGUGCAACCCUUUCCCCACAGAGAUCCCCAGAAGAGAGGUCUCCAGAAUUCAAUGGUAACAGUCACCUGACUGUGGAACAACAAAGUGUUUCUUCAGAGGUCACUAAUGAUUCUGGCUUGCCAACUGACAGGCAUUCAACGAGUUCGUCUCCCACGUUUGAUCAUCCUGGUGAACUGCAGAGUAUUCAGAUACGGUACUCAACAGGGCUUGGCUUGUGCGUAGUUGGAGGUACAAACAGACCUGACGGGCCGCAUGUAUACAUUGAUGACAUCAUUGAAGGGGGCGACGCCCACAAGGUACGCUUGCUUAUAUCUGGGUGUAUAUUCUCCACUCUGAUUUCUAUACAUUUCCUAUGGUUAAGUUGAGGAGAAUUUGUUUAACAAUCAAGGCCUUUUUCUCUUGAUAAUCUUUCUCCUUAUUUUUAUGACCUUUGAUGUUUGAUUAAUAACCAGUGAUAUUUUGUGGAGAAAUUUGAUGUUGUUUUGUCUUAAGGUUUCAAUGGUAAAUUUAUUUCCUGCUGUACCCUAUUUAACAGAAAAGAUUGAAAAAAAAAGGAAAUAAACCCUUACAUGUACAAGUCGACAGGGGUGAAACUAGAAUUGGGGAGGGUUGCAUGCAUUUUUCAUAUUCCAAGUUUCUUUCCUUUUCUUUUUGGCUGUUGAUCACAUUAAGACUUUUGCUGUUGGAAAAGAAAUUGCUGUCAUUUGGCUCAACAGUAAAAACCCUAUUACUAAUUAAUAUUAUAUUUACAAUUAUUGUUGAUAUAACUUAUCAUUACUGUUUUUGUAAUCACUUUUAAAUCUGAAAUAGAACUGAUGUAUUCCAUGGUAUAUCUUUGUUGAUUUGGAACCUUUUUCAAAUGCUUUUUUUACAUUUGUGGUCAAACUAAGGUAGACUUCUUAUAAAGCUAUGUGAAAUUUGGCUUCUAAUGUAGUCUACCAUUGUCUUGUUAAGUUAAGAAACAAUAUAUAUUGCACCUUAUGUUUUAACUAUUUGUUAAAGCUUAGACAGAGAUUUGUGUUCAUCCAAUCAACAGAUUUCCUUGGAGUACGAUUGUGGGCAUCAAAGUCCCAAACUCCUCAAAAAUUAGAUAAAUCAAAUUUGCAUUUUAAUUUGCAUUUCAUUUUAAAUUCAUGCUUUAAUUUCUGGAUAUUUCCAAGCACCUGCUAAUACCUGCUUAUUGGUAAAAACAGUAAGACACACAGCUUUAUUUGUGUAGAUGGGGUAGACCUGACUCUACAUUGAAAACCAAACAAAAACAGAAGGCUCUACUCUCCUGUUUCAGGAUCGGAGACUCAAAAGAGGUGACAGACUUAUGUACAUAAAUGGAGAGACUCUUGUUGGAGUAACUCAUGAACAGGCAAAAUCUCUUCUCACCAGGCUCAAACUCAGGUAAAUAAACAUUGUUGAGAUAUAAAAACACUUGUUGAAAGCCUGAUGAGUGUUGUACAUUUUGAAAGCAUUUUGAUGUCUUUCAGCAAAUGUUUGGAUAUUUAUUGAUGUGUCUUUUGUCAAUAAAAAUGAAGGGGAAUUGUAUGAGGGUAACCCUUCACUGCAUGAUUGAUAAACCUGUGGCCUUAAUAGGCUAAAUACAAAAGCUUUAGUCAUUGUCACACUAAAAGGUAAGUAGAGAAACUUCACUGAAACCACUGAAAGUUCAUAAAUCAGGUCUUUGAAGCAAUUGAAACUGUUGUAAAAAUGGUGAUGGAAAAGUAGACCAUACAAUAUUUUCAUUGGUAAUAUUACAGUGGUUUUGUGGUAAACAUUUAAGGCUAGGAUGAAUCGGAAUGUUUCUGGUAGUUUAUGUUAUAACAAGAAAAAUAUGUAUAAUCUACCACUAUCAUUGAUUGAAAGCUCUUUUCUAUUGAUCCAGUUAUUUUUUCUCCCUAGAAUUAUUUUCAGAACAGAGGUUUCUUGAACUUCAGUGUAUUUCAAAAAUCAUUUGGUCUGGAAAAUUGAUUCCACAUUCUGUGGUUUUGAUACUCAUCAGAUUGUAUGUUCCUGUUAUAUUUCUUAGCAGUUGUAGUAAAUUAUGUUUGUUACCAUUAAACCAUUUACAAUGUUAUUACAAAAACAUUCGAGGAAUGUCUGGCUCUCUACCCAAAUUGAAACCUCAAGUGAACCCUUUAUUUUUUUAUUGUUGAAUGAUGUUCAAGGGAUGAAGGUGUGCUUGUUUCUUUUGCUGCUUUUUACCAUGUGCAUACUGUUUCCUGUGGCAUUAUUAAAUUAAUGCUUCAAAGCUGCUUGAGAAGUAAAGCAUGCCUAAAAGAGGAUAUUCUCUGCAAUUUUUUAUUGAAACGAUUUCAACUAUUUUUCCAGAGGACAAGAUGCUGAGGUUACAUUUAUACGUGGAGGAAUCAGACCUGGGAGUCUGACCCCGAAUGGAUCAGCAAGUCCCGCGUAUAACAGUCCCAGAAGACGCUCAGAAAAUGAUUUUCCCCCCACACAACUGAAUCUCAAUGGAAUUGAAAACUCUAGCUCUCCACUGUCAUCAAGAAGAAGUUCACAAGCAAGUGAUCCCGAUUUGAGUAACACUGAUAUUUUUAUGCAUGGACUUCUGGCAGGCAGCACUGGGCAGCCCGCUGACUCAGAAACAAGGGAGAGUACACCCAGGGUGGAGAUGUUUCAAAGCAGUCCACAGUCACAGGUCUCACCUCCUGCUAUAUCAGAUGCGCAACCAGCAGUUUUGCAGCCUGUGUCGCAUCAAAUGCAGAGAAUGGAAAAUGGUGUAGGAACCCAGGCAGGUGUUCAGAGUUCACACUCACAGCCUGUUAACGGCUUUUAUCAAGCUCCAACAGCGAUUCCUCCAAGAUUAUUCAAUGGAGGAUUUCAGCCGGCUUUGUCAUCAACACCUACAACUGUUGAUAGCGUGCCAAAUGGACUUGUUUUGAACCAACAGCGUGGUUCAUGGAACGGUCAACCAUAUGUUAAUGGAGGCUUAGGAGGCCAAUCUCUUGGAAAUCAUGCUGGCUUAUUUCCUGCUAAUGGUAUGUUUUACAUCUGUACUCUCAAGUUUUUUUUGCUUACCAUUGAUGAGGGUUGCUUUAAAGUGCAGUUGGGGUGAGGCAAAGAUUCUGGGAAGCUUCCCACCCACCCCUCCCCUCCCCUAACCCAACAUUAACAUUGACCUCUCACUUUGGGCAAAAUGUUGGUUUGUGCGAGGGGAGGGGCAGUAGCUGGCUGUUCCCAGAAUUUUACCUUUAAUCCUGCAGUUUUUCUCUAUGGGUGUUAUUUACACUCUCUCUUGCUCUGUCUUUGGCUACAACAUUUUCAAAACAGUUACCUUUAAAUUCAUUGUUGGAGUUUUAUUUUUGGUAGCAUACUCUUUCGCACUUUAAAUGUUGUUGCAAACACUUUGUUGAUGGAGGUGACUAUGUUUUCUUGAAGCAUUAAAAAAAGAUUGUACUAUACAUUUUUAGACUCAUUUUUUGAUUCUAGAAACUUUUUUGUUGAAUCUACAUUGAUUUAUUAUUAUACAUCAAACGAGUUAUUUAUUAAAGAAUAAAGAUCCAAUAAAAUUAUUUUUGCAUUUCAAAACAUUGCUUAUUUUAGAUUUCAAAGACAAACCAGUAAAGCCCACGAUAGAAUCAGUGUCAGUGAACUUAGCCAAGUUUUCUUCUUUUAAACAAUUGAUGUGUAAAUGAAUAAGUGCUAGGAGGUCUAUCAUUUGCCAAGUUUAGGAAAAACAGUAGCUAUAUCUGAUUUAUUUAUUAAUGAGAUGACACUAUCCUGCUUUGUAAGUGGUACAAUCUUUCUUAAAACACAAAACAAGAGAGAAAAACUCAUUUACAGGCCGGGCCAGGUGUUUGCUUACAAAUCUUAAAAAUUUUACAUUUGUGACUGGCUUCCAAAAUAAUGUAAACUCACUGCAAUUUUUACCAAGAAACUUUUUCUCGUGAGUCAUCAAACUGGGAAUUUUAAGGUAUCUUUUUUUGGUUAAAAAUUCAAAUCAAUUAUUCAGGAAAUGCUCAGAAAUGUUAAAACGUUUAAAGAUUUAUUUUGAUUACAUUUUGACGUAAACUUUUUUUUGCAGUGCAAAAUUCUUAUUUUUCUAAAAUCAGUUUUAAUGUGACUAGCGUUAAGUGAUUUCUCGUACUUUUUAUUAAGAUUCUGCCCCUGCCCUCUGCAUGAAUCGCUUUUAAUUUUACCUGGAAUUGUGUUCAGUAGCCCUUAAAAUACUAAGAGACGAAAGUCUUCUGCAGUGUCGUAAUAAUAUUAGACGUUCUAAUUAGUAAAUGUAGGAAGAUGAGUUGCAGAAGUGGCCGUACCAGCGUGACUAGAACAACUAAGCAGAUAACAAGAGGAAAAUUCAUUUUUUUAUGACACACUAUGACUGUUUUUUUGUUUCAUUUUUAGGAGCUGGGUCUCCUGUAACAGGAGCACAGCCUCACCAGCUACCACUAGGAUCUCUGCAUAUCAGCCCCGUGCAAACAGCUUUUGAGCCUUCAUCAGUACCAUACUACUUACAGCAGGACUUGGAAGCUCUGCAUCGAAUCUCACAGCAGUACGCGUCGCCACCUUUGAGCCUGCAGUCAGAUUCUGUUGGUCAGGGGUCACUUUUGACUACACAUGCACAGUCAUCUGGUAGCCCCAGAGUUAAACGACACGGUCGCGGUAGCCGACGACUCUCUCUCGACCCUUACACCAAGCUUCGAGUAGAAAAACUUGAAGUGGUUAGUUCUGUGUGUUCUUUUAGUGCCGUUCAUCUUGUCUAUGUAACAAUUAAGGUUUCCUCUUUUUAGAGAAGCCAGGGACUUACUUUCCGAAAGAUUUAAGGCAGAGAAAAUCCAGUUAUAUUCCUCAUUGUAUCGAAUGCGUGGAAAGGAGGCUUCCACGCCCACGCGAGGAGCAUCCGCAUCCACGUUAAUGAUAACGCCCACGCACGCAACAUCUGCUAGUCGUUUCUUCCAAAAUGUUUAAAAUGUUUACAUCUGAUUAAAGAAAGCAGGUUUUAACUGCCAGUCAGUUGACGAAGACAUGUUUAAACGCGGCAAAGAAUUAUUAUUUAUCUGAUACAAAUAGAACUUGUCCUUGUUUUUCAUGCUAUCGUUUCGAUGAAUUCUUUAAAACAGGACUUGGCCUAAUAAAAAAAAAAAACGGUCUUAAGGGAGGUAAAAUUUUACCCCUUGUCUCAGCUGUAUAAACAUGUAUUGUUCACCCUGUCAGUUCCCACUUUCUUUUUGUUAAAGGUUUCACCUGAUUUCUUAACAGUUUUAGUUUUGCAUGAUCCAUCCUUUGUAGCUACUGCGUUUUUGAACUAAGAGAUUUUUUGAAAUAUUUAUUCAGGCUUUGAGGUAUUUAGGAUUCAACCCAACUGAGGAACAACAGCGACAAUUAAGGCAAAGAUUGCCUGUUGAUCAGGGUGGAUUCGUCUCCUAUGGAGGUAAGUUGAUCACGUAAUUAAGUGAUCGAUAACAAUCAGGUCCUACACUCGCACAUUGCCUUUCAGCGCAUAAACAGCGCAAUAGCCUGCGUAGCAAGGGUUUUCGCGCGAGUUCAUCGGGAAAGUUGGGACGAGAGCAAAAAAGAGGAAUUUUUUUGCUCCCGCUCUAACUUUCGCGCGAUAACUCGAUUGGAAACGCUUGCUUCACAGGCUAACUGAAUUAAACAGCAGGCUAACAGCGCAGGCUACAGCUCGAUCAGUGAGCUCACAACGGUGGUACAACUACCCUGCAUUUGAAAGCCGUUCUCGCAAGUUUAAUAGACCAAUUUUGAUAUGUUAAAAUCAGACUUGGCACUGAGGCUUAGGGGAACUAAAACAAAGUGAAAGAAGUUUAGCAAUGAAUAAUACAUUUCUUUUUUUUAUUCCCCCAAACCUCGGAGCCAGGUAUGAAUUUUGAUAUAUCGAAACACGGGUCUACUCCGGGACAGCUGAAUCUCAUAAUUCCGAAUUAUGUAACUUAACGUCACUGAUGACUUUGUUUUGAUUUCAGAUUUUGUUCAUGCAGCGAGAAACGUGUUUGCUUUGGAACUGCAGGAUCACUCGCUGAGUACCUCAACCGUUCAGUUUGCGAUACAAGAUGUCAAUGCUGCAGCAACAGCGGCUGAAAACAACGCGUUUGAAAAGGUUUGCUGCCAUUCAAUAAAUAUACUGAUUAUUAUUAUUAUAAUAUUAUUAUUAUUGCUGAUUACAGUUUGAGUUAAUUGAUUGCGCUGUAAAAUUCCUUGCACUAACAUACGCGCACGUAAACUGCUAAAGGCAAAGAUGAGAUUUCCUGGCACUCCCGCAAAACUAUAAUCGUCCAUAAAAGGAAUCCGAAGUGGGUUUGAGUGGGGUAGCAAAGGCCUGAUCGAGAGUUAACUGAGUUAAUAUUGAAAAGAUACAAUCUAUUAAGUUUGGCUUCCUUGUUUAAGGCCUUGUUUAAGAACAACACGGAAUAAGCGUCAACAGAACUUUACACAAGUCAACACCCUGCUUAUGGCUUUUGAUGACUAAACUCUAGAGAUCCAACUAGUAAAAGAUUAGUACCCUGCUGAUGUGAGAAGAAUAAAAAACAUACUUGUUUAACCCGCUUUCCUUGUGCGUGAUACCAUGCAGCUGAAGAAAUUGUGUUUUUUUCAGAUGCAGCAGCAGUCGCAGCUAGCUUCCCUCGAGGCCAAGGCAAAACAAAGCGCGCAAAAUGCUGAGCGAAUUAGACGAGAAAGAGAUGAGGCUUUACGAGAGGUGCAACAUUUGAAGAAAUUACUGAAAAAGAAAGAAGAAGAAUGCCUGACCUCCGAAGAAGAGCUCAUGAAAGCAAGAAGGGUAAGGGCUCUGUGAGACUGAAAUGUUAGUUCUUGCCUUACACCUUUCUCAAAAGGACAAUUUUCAAAUAAGGCCAAGUGCAAAACCCUUGGAAAACGAGUCAUGGACUACACAGUUACCCUAUAACUUCCUGGAACCUAAAUAAAAUUCCCAUGCAUACAAACCCUUGUAAUUGAUGUUAUCCAAGACUGAUUCUCACCCAUGAGGUUGAGAGAUUUUCAAACCCUAAGUAAUUACUAUGGCCAAUCACAAUGCGCGAACACUAUCAAAUUAACCAAUCAGAUCUCGAAGCCAAUAAAUAAAGCCGGCACCAAGUAGGGGAAAUGCAAUUGGUGUUUUAAGUAGCUAGGCAAGCUACGAUGAAUUGUGAUUGGUCAAAAAGUGGCGCGAGGUUUUUCAGUUGGAAAUAAACCAUAUCCAUACAAAACUAAAGCAAUUACUAAAUGUCCUUACACACUAAAUUAAUUGAAACUCGCAGUAAUAGUCAGUGUUGAAUGUACCUCUAUAGACAAGAGCUGAAUCAGGAUCGUCUCCACUUUCCAGUGGAUUCGAAAGAUCAUUCUCUCAUAUUUUGUUUGUUAACAGGACGCUCAAGGUCUUUUAGAGGAAAGCAGAUCAUUAGAAAAGAAAGUUUACCUGGCGUCAGAGGCUCAGAGGGCUGCUAAGGAUGUUGAACAGGAUUAUGCUGAGGUGAGCAGAAAGUAUCCUCAUCAAGCCGUGAUUUUAUUUACUUUCUAUAUGAAGUUGAUUUGUCAGAAGGUAUAUUAACACCUGGUGUGACAUGUUUUCAUGCCAGUGGCACCUGACCCAUUUUUUACCGCGCUUGACAUCAGCUGGCCUGCCAGAGGGCCUUUUUCCCGCUCUUUUCCGCGCAAUUCAUUGGUUCACUGCGAUCACUGCGUAUUAAAUUGAUUGUCUUUUACCACCCUUUGCUUUAGUGUUGCUUUAAACGUAAAAAGCCUUGCAGUAUCCUUUCUCUGACUUCUCAUAAUGGUGUGUUAUCUUCUCUUUAGGUCAUACGUCUUUUAGAACAAGAACUGGAUUCGUUGAAGGCCAAACAGGCUGAACCCAAACCUGAUGUGGUGAGUUCUAAUUGCCCAUUUGUCAUCCUGUUUUUCCCCGUAUCAUUUAUAUUUAUGUAAUUUGGCUCCUAUUAAAAGUACCUUUUACCUGUCAGACUUGACGUAUUUUCUGUGUGAGGGAAAUACUUCGCUAGUCCUAAGCCAGAGCUUACUAGUGUGUUCUUUGUUUUGCAGAAAGAACUCCAAGAGUUGCAGAAAAGAUUGGUUGUUCUGGGUUGUCAACUUCGGAAAGCCGAAGUUAGUAAACGAACCUACGAAGUGGCAACGGAGAAGCUGAUACGCUUUGCCGAGGUAGGCCUGGGACUGAGCAACACUCAUAAAAAAGCAAUCCUCCCAGAAACUUAACUGAACGUUGCUGCAUUUUUUACUAACUGGUCCCUUCAUUUGUUUUGCAGAUGGUGCAUGAAAAUUUAACCGAAGGAGCGUCGAGAAUGUAAGUGGUACCUUGUUUAUUACACUUAACGUAUCAAUAGGUGAUCUGGGUAGGAUGGAAAGCUAGUGAAGAAUUAGUGAGCGCAGUCGUACAACCAGCUGCGCAUAAACACAUAUCGACAUUCCAGUCCCAGCUGUAUGCAGGAUGUUUGUCACAUGAACCUAGUUUAGUGGCUUUAGCUCCCUCAGGUGUCUUGUAGCUCAGUGUUAGAGCAUCUGGACUAGUAACUAGAGGGACACAGGUUCGAUUCCAGUUGGGAUUAUUAGGAGUCUUCCUUUCGAACCGUCCGUGUCACUGACUGAAAAAAUAUCUUUCUCUACACAUUCUUGUUUUACCGUCGCAUUUCUACCUUAUAUAGCUAUGCUAUAUAGCUAUAGCCAUGCGCUAAUGCGGUACCCCACUAAAUUUUUCUGGCAAUGUAAUCUUUUCUUUAAACAAUUCUUUUUAAAAGAAACUCGUUGUUGAUGUUGUAUCCGGUUUUUUUUCCCGCAUGUUGUUUCCAGGCCUCCGCAGCGUGGCAAAGGAGAGUCAGUACGUCGUGAAGGCAGUUCUAAUCCAAAACCACCUACUUACCUAUCCCGUCAUGCCAAGUUCACACCGGCUUCGCUCGCAAAGGAGGCUCGUGAGACUGUGAAGUCUGUCAAAACGCUAAUAGAAGAAGAACGUGAGUAUUACAACACUGUUUUAAAACAAAUCUCAGGAGCCUGCGUGGAAUUACCCCGAUGAUGGCGGGGAAGGGGAGUCUGGGGGAGAGAAAUCGUUGUUACGCACCUGACAUCCCCCUCUCCAUUCAAACGCUUGACACGCAUGCUCUGAUUACAGAGAAAACCAAUGAUUUCAAUUUCACAACUUAUUUUUACGAAUUGAUAUCAUAAAAAAUGUAGCCUAAAAUAUAAAUACAUAAAGUGAGUGUGAAAAUGGCUUGGUGCUUCGGUCCACUUCCCGUGUAAGUAGUCCCCUCCCUGGACACUGGAAUGAAACAGACGAUUUGUAAUUCUGAUUUUAGUUAAUACCUCAGAGCGCAGCGCGGCGCAGCGCGUACGCCGGAAACUACUCUACUGGUAUAGAUUCUGCUUGUGGUUAACGCAGAGGUGCCGGAGAACACGCCUAUCUGAUCAAAUAGUGCUGCCGUUUUUUGCCAAAAGUUGGCCAGUUCUGAAGAGGUCUUUAUUCACUAGCACGGCACCCCAGUAGAAAAUGGUGUUUAUCUUGUUAUGUCUCUUAAUCAUUUCCUCUCUUAUUUCUUUUCUCGAACCAGCUCUUCCUUUUGGUUGGGAAGAAGCCUACACUACAGAUGGAGUCAGAUACUAUAUCAAGUGAGUGCAGAUGAGAACACUUAGUCAUCGCCUCUUCACGUAACUUUACCUUUUUACACCCGUAGCUUGUCGCUUCAGUGCGUUUGGGAUAAGAACAACCAGUAUAAUAUCGUACUGUGUCUUGCUUUGAAAAUUCGCAAAUUUUGUACCUAUGACUCAUGAAAGUUCUCCCUGGACGGAAGAAAGUCAGGUUUUGAGAAAAAAAAUUCAUUUAGCGGAGAAUUCACUUCAUUUAGGAGUCAGCCCUUGUCUCAUGCCUUGUUAACUCCUGAUUCACAAAAAUGUUUGGUUCUAAGAAAUAUUUUUAGGUGAGCGAAAGUUGCUUCUACUUGUAAUGCAGCAGUCGCUAUCUUUGAUUUUACUACUACGGAAGACAAGCGAGUGUAGAAAUUACAACCCUUGGCGUAGGCGUAAGGGCAAAAGAAGGGGAAGGGGAGAGAAAAUGUCAUUCUCUCUCCCCGCCCCUUGAGUCGCAGGACAAACGACAAACAAGCCCUGGCUAAUUUUAAUGAUAGAACCACUUUUUGAUAAUGUCAAAUUCUUGUAUUUUGUUAUGCAGUCAUGUGACACAGCAAACGUCAUGGCUUCACCCUGUCAGCCAGGUUCAGCAUCUUCCUGCGAUCAAAGAAAACGAAGAUGGUGUCCGAGAAACGCAAACGUGACAGCCAAUGAUCAGUAUCGACAAAAAGUAACUAUGACGUGAUAUGAUAUUACAGCUUACAAGUCACGUGGUAUCCAUGUGAUGUGAUGGCUGAGCACAACUCGCAAAGCAACCAAGGAGACGAGCGCGGAUUGGAGCGUAGCAAAAGGCAUAGUCUAUGUUGCUUAUGAACCUUUACACGUGAGCAAACGUUUCACGUGAUGUACUGUGUACACGUGUUGGCUGAUACGACUUUACAGUGGGGAGCUCACGCAACCACGAGUCCACGACGACGACGACGGCAACGAUAGGUUUUAUGAGCAAAACAACAACUAUGCAGGUGCAUAACAUUUUAUCGUCACUGCACGACUAUGACCUGAGAUAUCCUUACGCGACCUUUUGUGAAAACACUUGCCGACGAAUCUUCCUUUUUCCUUUUUUUUUGCCUUGAAUGCGGUCUUUUCUGUUCAACUCCAGCAAAAUUUGCCUUUAACUGUCAAGUUAACCGAGAAGAACUAAUCGUAAUGAAGUGAGAAGAACGUGAACGCGUUUUAUUAGUGACAUUUUCACUGCCGUUGCUGUCGUGGUUGCGUGAACUUCCUGGUGUUAGGCCAAGAAUAUAGACCGAUCAUAAAGAUCGUCUGCUGUACCUAAAUGGACUUUCCGUACCUGCAGAUCCCUAUUGUAGUGAAAGGAAAUAAUAACUAAAAGUCAGAUUUUAUAUAUCUCGCAUAUUUAUUUGAUCCUUCUUUCAAUUCUUAUGGGCUAGGCUUUUCAUAGUGCCAUAUUCAUAACGUUUUAAACAAAUUAAAUGAGAGAAACACGGUUUGAAAUGGGUAUGUGCUUUAUGUGAGCGAGACCACUUCAGAUUAUAAAUUAUAGUGUGACUCACUCAGAACUAGAACAUACACCAACUGCAUACCAAAGUGUGAUUAAGUAUUUUAUCUUGAAUAAUGUAUUCUUAAGUGAAUGUUAUGAGUCGCAUAGAUAGGUGUUUAAAUAUCAUAUACUUCUGUCAAAGAAGUGCUUUUUGUUGCAUUUUUAAGCUUUAGAAUUUAAUCCCAGAGUGCAGAGUGAUUCUAUGAAACGUGUAUAUACUGUACUAGGCUAUUAUAUGAAAACUGGUGAUUUAUCAUUGGAUGUAUCUAUUAUCUUCGAGACGACUGUUGCUCCAUAUUUGUAAAUAGAAUCAUUCACAUUACAUUCGCAUUCAUUAUGAUCAUGUUAAGAUAUCCCAUUUCCCUCCACAGGAGAUCUGGCUUUAUUUUUGUGAAAUUAAUAAUGAUGUCAGAGAAUAAUUUUGACAGGGGGGAGGUGUGGUUGAAGGAAGAUGUCACGUGAUCACCACAGAUUGAUUCACUCAUUCCAUGAAAAAGAGUCUUCCUUUAUGACAACGGGAAAAAGUAUGUGAAUAAAUGAUAUUGUUAUCUGC